UAACAACUGAAAAUAAGGAUAUGUUGCGUUAUCCAGCCUUAUCUUCCAUGUCUAUAUUUGAUAUCAGUUUCAAUACCGCGGUCACUUACAGCGGACGGCCAUGUACGGAAAUUCUAACGUUCUGUAUUCUUAGGUAAUUAAGAGAAAAUGGCAGAAAUUGGUUUUGGAGAUUUACAAUUCAGUGCGUCUUCAGCCAACCUUUUGGGACGUGAUGUUAACGGCCGAGGAGUCUUCAAAGGAACUUUUAAAGGUCAACCAGUCGCUGUGAAACUAUUUUUAGUGAACAGCACGGCUAGUCAGAUAAGUGGGCACCAAGAUGAGCAGCACUGGAAAAAAUUGCUCAACUUGCGUGAUAACAAUCUAGUUCAGUACUUACAAUGUAGCAUCCAAGACGAUAUCCGUUACCUUGUGAUGGAAUUAUGUCAGGGAUCAAUGCUGGACUAUUGCCGCAAAACACUUGACGAGAGUGUUGCAUCGCAUGUCAAAGCAACUGAUGUCAUGUGGCAAAUAGCCUGCGGUCUUGAUUAUCUUCACCGCCAAAAAUUCCAGCACGGAAAUUUAAAGUUGGAAAAUGUCCUGUUUUGGAAAAGAGAUUCAAAAUCCAAGCGGGUUGUUGUGAAAUUAGCAGGAUACGGAUGCAAGGAUGCCAAAACCGAUCUCUUCCAACUCGGUUGCUUGUUUUACUCUGCUGCAACUAAAGAAGAAGCCGAGCCAAAUGAAUCCGUUCCUCUUGACAGUCUGACUGAUAUCGAUGUUAACUACAGAGACCUAGCCUUGGAUUUAAUUAACCUUUUUGUUAAUGGAUGCCUUUCAAACAAUGUCGAGGUGGGCUCAGUACUUCGACAUCCGUUAUUUACCCGUUUUACAGACGAAGGACGAUCAAAGCUGAUCCAAGAUUUAAUGGAUGAUAAAGUGGGUUUGAUAUUGAACGAUAAAGAAAAGCUGCAGAAAUGGUUCGAGUCACUAGAAGAGGGGAAGUUCCAAGAUGAAGAAUUUGACGAUUUAAAGGAAAUUCUUCUUGAAUCAGAAACUAGAGACAGCUUCAAAAUAGUGGGUGAAGCUUUCAAAACCACACCUCGAUUAUUCUCUGAAUAUAUUUGGCACAACGCCAUUGGAACUGGAGAAACGCCCAUCGUCGUGCCCAAAGAAAAUAAUAAACCCCAUUCCAUUGAAAUACAAGAAGAACUGGGAAAAGGAACUUAUGGCAAAGUUUACAAAUGCAAAUAUACUGAUGGAAACGGAAACGUAUUUCCGGCUGCUUGCAAGAAGUGCAAUCCAAAGCCAGAAGCCGAGGACGUGUUUAAGAGAGAAAUUGAGACCCUUCGUAAACUAAAUCACUUGUUCGUCGUCAAAUAUCUUGAUGUCACCGAAAAAGAUUCUAAAAAGUUCAUUGUGAUGGAGUUGUGCGAGGGAUCUUUAAAGGAUUACGUCGAAGGAAAAUUGGGUAGCAUUCCUAAAGACUCGUUGGAUGAAAAGAUCCUGAUUGGUCAAGUUGCCCAUGGUCUGGCUUACAUUCACGACAAAGGGAUCAUUCACAAGGAUUUGAAAUUGGAAAAUAUUCUCCUCAAGCGCCAAUCGCCUCGUUUGGUUUUAGCCAAAAUUGCCGAUUUCGGUUUCGCCAAAGAACUAAAACCGGGCAGAUCAGAGUUCAGUGAAACUGAACAUCCCGGCACAGAUACUUACAUGGCCCCCGAACUACUCAGUGCUCCUAAUGGUGCCUAUCCAGCCUCUUUCGCUAGCGAUGUUUACGCUUUGGGAAUCACAAUCGCGCGGAUUGUUUUAAAAGGAGAACACCCUUUCAGUUCUAAUAAAACCUGGCGAAACAUAUCCAUGAUUAAAGGUCUAGUUCCACCAAAUCUUCAAAACCUAAGUUGGGAUCUGAUUGAUCUAAUUCUCAAGUUAACCGAAAAUGAUCCUGGGAAACGCCCUAACAUGUUCCUGGUGUUGUAUCAUCCGCAUUUUAUUUUGACGAACGACAGAACCAAAAGGCAUUUCGUCGAUCAGAUUUGGACCAGCUUUCAAUUAGUUAGUACGGAAGAGAAUAAAAAAAAGCAGAUGAAAAAAAUAUUUAACAAUCGAAAUUUCCGAGAAUGGUAUGAAACUCUCUCCAGAGAUAAACAGGAUUCAGACGAAGAAAUGGAACAAAUGACAAAAACCCUUAAGUUGUUUAGCAGUUUCUUAGGGUCUGACGUUAAGGUCGAUACUCUUUAUCCAACCAAAGGAUACAAACAGACAAUUAAAGAAGCCAUCACAUCAGAAUACAACGACAGUGUUGGAAAUAAAAUAACUCGGAUGAAUCAAAUCUCUAGUUACAACCGCUUUUCUCGGUAUCGCUUGUACCAGUUGAUUCAGCGUACACCAAAACUUCUUGUGUCGUAUUUCUGGUCUAAUUUACAAGAACUAGACAACGAGUCACUCUCAUCAGUCGUCAGCAUUUUGGGAACCACAGCAAAUCAGAAUUCCACUUGCAGAAAAAGUCGUCAGUCAAGCCAAAGAAAAUAUUCAGAAGCGCCACACCAUGGAAGCAGAGUUAUUUCCGAGUUAGAAUGGAUUAGCUAUUACUACGGUGACGAAGAAAUUGUUGACGAGCUGUGGAAUAUCAAGUAUACAGGAAGCUACGGAGAAUCUUUAGAGAACGUCGAAGAAAUUGUUAAAACAGUGGCCAAAUGUAACGUUUCAAUACGAAUAUGGUCAAACUUGCUGGACAGAUUCGGAUACAAAUUGGGAUUGAAAAAAUUGCUCCUUGAGGCAGUUAAAAGCUAUGCACUGAAUGCUCCAAAAGUAACAGACAUGAUUCUUCAUCGAUGUCAUGUUAUUAUCAAGGAAGAAGUUUCAUCAGUUCUUGUCGCUGUGUUUGAGGCAGCUUGUAAUGAAGGAGACUGGGCUACUGAAAUCAUGCAACUUCUUUUGAAACAUGGAGGACAACCUAACGUUGUCAAUUCCGCUGGAUAUACCCCAGUUCAUCGCGCAGCCAUGAACGAAUCCCAUUCAGCACCGAAAAUCGUCAGACUUCUUCUUCAGUAUGGAGCAAAUCCAAAUAGUCCCUCAAUUCCAGAUGGGAUGACACCGAUACACUUGGCAGCAUUUAAUCAAGGGGACUACGCAGCAGAAAUUUUGAAGCAACUCCUCGACAGUGCAGGUGCUUGUCAUGCGAUUGAAAAUUCAAAUAUGUUCGAACCUAUUCAUUACGCAACCAUAAACAGUGGUGACUCUGCGCUGGAAUUGCUGGAAUUGCUCCUCGAAAAACGAGGCAUUGACGUCAUCUGGGGUGAAAAUGGUAUGACGUUGCUUCACUUUGCAAUGGUGAACGAAGGACAUUGCGGACCAAAAAUUCUAAAAAAGUUGCUUGAAAGUGGAAUGAAUCCAAACGUUGUUGACAAACAUAACAGAACACCUCUCCACGUGGCGGCAUUAUCACUCGACUUAGAGAAUCAGAAUAUAUCCCUUAUGAGGGAUCUGCUAGAAAAUGGUGGUGAUCCGAAUGCAGUUGACGAAGACGGAUGGACACCAGUUCAUUUCGCAGCCGGUGAUUGGGGAGAGUACGGCUAUGAAAAGCUGAAGCUUUUGUUUCUUUAUGGAGGCAAUGUAUCUAUCAAUGGCACAGGUGGUCUAACUCCUCUACAUUGUGCGAUCUUAAAGAGAAAAAAUUCUGGAUCGAUGACGAGGGGAAACACCGAUAACGACGAAGCAAAGCAAAGAAUCGCGACGAAAAAGGAUCAGAUUAAUCGUGUUCAAUUGAUACUGGAUAAUGGUGGGAAUCCCAACGCUCAGGACAGCCUUGGGCGCUCCUCUGUACACACGGCCGUCAUCGAGAACGAAUUAGACAUUUUACAGUUGUUGCUUCAAAAAGGGGGAAAUCCUAAUCUCCUUGAUAAACAACAAAGCGCUCCUAUUCAUUUUGCAGCCGAUAGCAUCUGUGAAACAGGACCUGAUAUGAUGAAGAUCCUCCUAGAAUUCGGUGGCGAUGCAAAUUUAAUUGGUGGUGAACAAGGGGUCACUCCACUUCAUUAUGUCACAAAAAAUUUGGGCAAUUCCGGAAAUCAUGGGCUCCGGCUAACAGAAAUCCUACUUGAACGUGGCGGUAAUUCCAACGCUCAGGACAACCUUGGGCGCACCCCUGUUCACGUCGUCGUCGCAAUUAACGAAUGCAACAUCGGAUUAGACAUUUUGAAGUUGUUGCUUAAAAAAGGAGGAGAUCCUAACCUUCUCGACAAAGAAGAACGUUAUGCUCCCCUUCACUAUGCAGCCGCCGGUCAUAAAGAAAAAGGUCCUGAAAAAAUAAAGAUCCUCCUAGAAAAUGGCGGAAACCCAAACUUAAAUGGUGGUGAAGGUGGGCUCACUCCACUACACAUAGCCUGUGUGAAUUCGGAAAUUCAUGGUCCAACAAUAACGAGGAUUUUACUUGAAAAUGGAGGUAAUCCGAAUGCUCUUGAUCUCCACAAGCGAACACCUCUCCAUUUGGCCAUCCAGCAAAACGAAAAUGACCAGUUAAGAUUAGAAACGAUCGAAUUAUUACUUGAAAAAGGUGCAAAUCCAAACGCUGGGGACAUAAUAGGAAUGACACCAGUCCAUUACGUCGUUAUAGAUAAUCGUAGCAACACGUUGAAAUUGCUAAAACUUGUGUUGGAACAUGGUGGAAAUAUCUUGCAGGAAGACAAUUUCGGAACGACACCGCAUCGUCUAGCCACCCAAAUAGGAAUCAAGCAAUAUUGCCAGCCAGAAGUAAAAAAAUGUAUCGUAAGAACGUACCGUAAAAUGAAAUGAAUUAAUAAUUUCGUAAGCUCCAAAAUGAAUG